AAAGUUUCAAGUGUGAGACUUCAGUUGUGCGUUUAAUUGGUUUUCAUUCGUUCGGCUUGUAGUGAAAAAAAGUAAUUGAUUUUUGUACUUCUAGUUUGCGCAGGCAUAUAACAACAAUCUCAAAAACAUGUGUAAACAGUGGUCUUGUUUUUUGCUUUUAGCUUACGCAAACUCGCUAAACGCGCGAGAAUACCCGACACUUUAGUUUUGAAGUUGUCGGGUGCAUCGAGUUGUUUUGAAAUUGAUAUUUUACUCUUUACAAUCACAACAGUUCUAGAUGUAUUCGGGAAUUUGCAUGAUAUCACUGUGUCUAUGGCAUUUUCAUGCCGUGCCGUUGACAAAUGCUGCUGGCGAAAUUUUUGCUGAAUCCCUUGAUUUUAGGAUGUGGAAUGAGUUUCAACGAAUUUAUGUUCGCCACGAAGCAGGCCAAAGUAGUACAGGCGCAAGCACGAGUAAUGCUAACGACGAUGUAGUGGUUGCCGCCGGGUCGAGUAAUACACGCCAAGUCGGAUAUUUCAAUCCCGUCGAUCAAUUUUGGCAGUACGAAAAGUGUAGACAGUUGAAGUGGAAACUCGUGAAAUAUCUACCGUGCAAUCAAACGGCGAAAAUUCUCCAUUAUCCGUCGCUGACGGUCGAAGUUAGAGCAGACGAAUAUUGUUUUUACAGAGCAUUGUCUUGUUGGGUGUCCGGCACGUCGGACUAUCAUCAUAUGUUUCAACUACAUGUGCUAGAAAUAGUCAAGUUCGAUCAACGCAUUAAGACAUUUCUCGGAGAAGAAAAUUAUGCCGCACACUUGAUUUGGACAUCGCAAAACGUUUGUACGACAGAAACAGAAAUUGUCGCGGCCUCUAUUCUCCUGAAUACACCGAUAUAUGUGUAUUCAUACUAUGAAGAGACUUGGUAUUUAUUUGACCAGAACGGAAAAUCCAAAAGCCCACUGACGAAAGAGGACAAGUGCAUUUAUCUUCAGUAUAAAUCAAGAAACACUUAUAAUUUAGUGACAGAUGUGAACUCCGAUCAAAGCCCAGGAUCAAUUAGUUUGAAUCCUGAGAGGGCAACUAUAAGAUAUCAAGAGGAAAAAAUCCGAUACUUCAAUCCUAUCGACGAAGCUUGGCAACAAGAAAUGUGUAAAAAAUGGGAAUUCAUAAUCGAACAGCUUUCCCAGUAUGACGUUCCAACAACAGUUCUCAAGUCCCCGAAGAAAUGUGUAGAAAUACAAAAAGACAAAAAAAGUUUCUUCAGAGCAAUUUCUUAUUGUUUGACCGGUGCCGAGAGACAUCAUAAAAUUAUCCGAAAUCGUGUAGCUGAAGAAAUUAUUUUUAAUCGUGCUAUUCAAGGAUUGUACCCAGGAAAUAAGUUCAUAAGCUUUAUACACAAUGAUUGGGCAACUAAAGAAGAAAUAAUUGCUUCGGCAGUUCUAUUGAAUACAUCGAUAUUUAUCUACUCACACGACACACAGACAUGGGAUUUAUACAACAAGAACAUUGAAGAUCAUUCGGUUCCGCUGAAUACAUUAACUGAAAAGUGCAUUUACCUAAGGCAAAAGUCUCCAAACGAGUAUGAUGUAGUUCAAGAAGUAGAGACCUUUUUAUAAUGCUUCUAAUUAUUUAAACUAGAAGUUGUAAUUGAGAAAAUUUGUGUUUAUCAUUGUUGAAAUCGUUAAGUUGUAUGUUACAUUAUGUAAAUACAAUUCCACUUAUUUAUAA